AUGGCUGCUCAAGGAUUCGCAGUAUACGGUGGGUUUCGACGGAGAAUGAUUCAUUUUAGGAGUUUUUGAUGCUUUUCUUUGACUUUAAAGGCAUAAUAGUAAAAAAAGGAGUUGAGAAAAAAAAAAUGUCAUUUUGUGUUUGCUUUUUAGAUUUUUAUUGUGUGUCGAACGGUGUACUUGGAAGCGUACAAAAAAACUCCCUAGUUCAAAAAAAGAAAAAAAAAAUUCAAAAGUCGAAGAGAUUUUUUUUUUUUUGUUUCUUUCAAAUUGCAAUACUGUUGUCACCAAAAUUUCCGUCAUGAAAAUUUUCUAUUUAUACAAUAUUUGCAAAUUUUGAUCGCGAAAUGUUACGUGGGGGAAAAUGAUGAUUUUCCACAAAUUUCGAUUGCCAUAUCGAUUUUUGCGUUUCCUUUAUCAUCGAUGUGUGCACGGCAUUCCUAACGGGGUGAGGGAAGGUGAGCGAGGCGUCAAAGUUUUCGAAUUUGCAAAAAAAAAGUAAGUGCGCGCUCCGGAUAAAUUGACGUCAUAAUUACACUGAGUAUUAAUGCCGUGUUCAAAGUGAUUCCGCGAAAUUCAAAAUAGCCUUCAGAGAAAGAGAAAGAUAACUAAAUUUUGGAGGGUCAGAGACAAUUUCGCAUUUCGCGGAAAUUACUUUGAACACGGCAUAAACAUUAAUAACAUAUUUGCUCGAUCGCCUUUGGGUGCGUACUUGAGAUUUCGAAUUUCGCGCCAAAUUUUUCUUGACGUCUCCCCGGUGGUAUGAAAAAACCACCAGCGAAAGUUCGAACGGCGACUUUUCCUAUUUUUUCAUAUCGCUAGGGAACUGUCCGACGGCCACCUUUCCGACGGAUCCCUUUCUGACUUUUUCCCUUAAGUUUUUCGGUUUAUAAAACAUCUAUAAACAUUUUUUUUUCCCAUUUUUUUGUGUUUUAAUCAUUAACCAACUACCUAAUUCAUAUAGGGAGAUUUAAAACGAAAAGUUAAUCGAGAAAAAAAGUCGGAAAAAGAUUCGUCGGAAGGUGGCCGUCGGAAAGUUCCCUAGCGAUAUGAAAAAAUCGGAAAAGUCGCCGUUUGAAUUUUCGCUGGUCUUUUUUUCAUACCACCGUCUCCCCACCUCGUUUGGGAACGCCGUGGUGUGUUUUUUGUUUCCCUAAAAAAUUUUAUAGAGAAGAAAAACUACUCCGAAGAAUUUUUUUCAAAUUUAAAUGACUGGAAAAUUUUUUUUUAAAUCACGCAUAUCUGAUCUUACAAAUGGACUACUCGAUUCAAAAUGAAAAGCUCUAAAAGGUUUUGCUUCCAUCUCAAACCCCGUUUUUUAUUUCAUUUAUUGCGGUUAUUUUUUUUCAAAAACUAGUCACCUGUCUUGUAAGAUGGUUACGCACAUCAAUCUCUCGACUCGACUUUGAAAAUUAUUUUCAGUCGGAAAUCUCCCAUACGAUGCGACAGAACAAGACAUAGGCAGCUACUUCAGCUCUAUUGGAGAAGUCCAAAACGUCAGGUUAGUUUCAAGUUUGAAAUUCAUCGCCUCAACGAAUCUGUUUCAAGAAUUGUCUACGACCGCGAAACUGGUCGUCCGAGAGGAUUCUGCUUCGUCGAGUAUGCGGAUGAAUCUGGAGCUCAACGGGCAGUCGAAGAGUUGAAUGGACAGGCGUUCAAUGGCCGCAAUCUCAGAGUCAACUACGCCAACAAGUGA